AUGGCCAAGAAGAACAAGAAGUCCGCGGAGCACAAGGAACGUAUCGCGGCCAAGCAAUCAAAGAAGACUGCUCAAAAGGAAAAAAAGUCCAAGGCCAAAGGCAGGGAUGUGGACAGUGACGCCGAAGACGCCGACCUGGAUGCCAUCCUGGCCCAGUAUGCCGAAGAGCAGGCCAAGUUCUUGAAGGUGACAGAAGUUCCUUCAGGGCCUCCAGCGCCCCGAUCAUCUUCCACGGUGCUAGCAUCCCCGAGCAACCGGAACGAACUGCUUCUCUUUGGCGGCGAGUACUUUGACGGAACCCACGCAACAUUUUUCAACAACCUCUUCGUAUACCUGAUUGACCGGGGCGAAUGGAGAGAAGUCACUAGCCCUAACAGUCCAUUGCCUCGAAGUGGUCACGCUUGGUGUCGCGGAGGAAAUUCUGGAGGUGUAUACCUGUUCGGAGGGGAGUUCUCAUCACCUAAGCAGGGCACCUUUUACCAUUACAAUGACUUCUGGCAUCUAGAUCCUGCCACUCGGGAAUGGACUCGCCUUGAGACUAAAGGCAAAGGGCCUCCGGCACGGAGCGGCCACCGAAUGACGUAUUACAAGAACUAUAUCAUUCUUUUUGGUGGAUUCCAGGAUACCUCCCAGCAGACAAAGUACUUACAAGACCUGUGGAUUUAUGACUGCUCCAAGUUUACUUGGUUCAAUCCUACACUGACGACGGCCUCGCAGAAGCCGGACUCUCGCUCUUCUUUCUCAUUCUUGCCUCACGAGACAGGUGCAGUCCUCUACGGCGGUUACUCCCGAGUUAAAGCAUCUGCCGCGACGGGCAGCAAGCAAGGCAAGGGCGGCCCUCAAAAAAUGACACUGCGGCCCAUGGUCCAUCAAGAUACCUGGUUCCUCAGGAUUACACCCCCCGAAUCAGACACACCGGUCUCUACUGGUCCUACAGUUCGAUGGGAGAGGAGAAAGAAGCCUGCUAACACCCCCAACCCGGCCCGCGUGGGUACCACUAUGGCUUACCACAAGGGACGUGGCAUCAUGUUUGGUGGCGUCCACGACGUUGAGUUGACUGAAGAGGGCAUCGAUAGCGAGUUCUUCGACACCCUGUUUGCUUGGAACACUGAUCGAAAUCGGUUCUUCCCGUUGAGUCUUCGUCGUCCCCGAGCUCCAGGGAAAAAGCAGCAGGCGAACCAGGCUAUCAAAUCUCGUGACCGAAGCAAGGCAAAUGAGGAAGAACUUCUUCAGAACCUUAAGGCGUUGGAGGCGAAGGGUGGGAUUCGUACUGAUGAUGACGACGAUGAACUCAUGCAACUGAGCACACCAAAGUCUGAGGAGUCCAAUGAGCCUGCCAAACCUGUGGUGGUGCGCUUCGAGAUGCCCCACAGGAGAUUCAAUGCUCAACUUGCGGUCCAAGACGACAUGCUCUUCAUUUACGGUGGAACCUUCGAAAAGGGUGACCGUGAGUUCACAUUCGACGAUAUGUAUUCCAUUGACCUGGUUAAAAUGGAUGGAGUGAAAGAGGUUUUCUACCACGAGCCGCAGAAUUGGAAUCUUCUGGACGAAGCCGAUGAUAGUGAUGAGGACAUGGAGGAUGACGAGGAAGAUGAAGAGAUGGAAGAUGAGGAAGGCGAUGCUAUGUCGCUGGGUGCCUCAUCUCCUGCACCUACUGAAGUCACCGUACCCUCCGUCACUCAAGGCAUGGAGCAGCUUGACGUUGAGGAACAGGAGACAGAUCAGCCUGUUGAUGACAGCAAGCCGCUGCCUCGUCCCUUCGAGAGUCUGAGGGAGUUCUUCAGCCGAACCUCUGAAGAGUGGCAGAGGAUCCUGAUCGAGAAUUUGAGAUUAAAGGGCCAAUCUGACGAAAAGAGUAUCAAAGAGUUACGGAAGGCUGCAUUCGAUAUUGCGGAAGAGAAGUGGUGGGAUAGUCGUGAGGAGAUCGUGGCUCUUGAAGAUGAGCAGGAAGCAGCCGGUAUUGGGGAGGUGGUCAGCAUGGCCGAUCGAACUGAGAAUAUGGGAAGUGCUGGUCGUCGUCGCUGA